AAUUUUCCUUGGUUUGAUGUUUGAACGUCCCACCAUUGGAUGUGUAUUUUUCCCGUCUUUCUCGAGUUUUCAUCUAUUUAUUAGCUCAUUGUGGAGAUCAAAGUUCAGACUAGAGCAAAAGCCAGAGCCAAAAGAACUCAACCUCCUGUAAUGACAAAAGCAGUUCCAAUAUUCAUCCAUUUCUCUUUAUACAUCACAUUUUCCUUCUUUCUCAACCAUGCAAACUCCCAAGCUCAAGAACAAGGAAUCCUACUAAACCUGAAACAACUCUGGGGAAAUCCAGAAUCACUCAGACACUGGAUUCCAACAAACUCCUUCUCCCAUUGUUCCUGGCCUGAGAUCACUUGCUCCAACGACUCUAUCAUUGGAUUAUCCUUCAGAGAUUACAACAUCAAUGGAACAGUCCCACCCUUUAUUUGCAACCUCAAGAACCUCACAACAUUUGAUGUUUAUAACAACAGUUUCCACUCAACGGAGUUCCCGAGAACUCUUUACAACUGUUCGAAGCUGGAAAUUCUUGACCUCUCGCAGAACUACUUUUAUGGUGCAAUCCCCGAUGACAUUCACCGCAUGUCUCUGCUUCGAGAGCUAGACCUUGGAGGCAACAACUUCAACGGUAACAUCUCAGCAUCUAUUGGGCAGUUGACAGAAUUGAGGAAACUCAUUCUUGUCCAAUGUCCGUUUACCGGUACUUUCCCACUAGAAAUUGGAAACUUGUCCAAUCUCGAGGAACUAGGAUUGGCCUAUAAUUCUAAGAUGGUGCCAACGAUGCAUUCAGAGUUUGGAAAGUUGAAGAAGUUGAAGCUUUUAUGGAUGGCUGGGACGAAUUUGAUCGGGGAAAUCCCAAACACAAUUGGAGAAAUGGCAGCUCUAGAACAUUUGGAUUUGUCGCAAAAUAACUUGACCGGUAAGAUCCCUGAUAGUUUGUUUAUGCCAAAGAAUCUAACGAUUGUUUACCUUUACAAAAACAAAUUGUCUGGAGAGAUUCCUCGGGUGGUCGAGGCUUUGAACCUUGAUGUCAUCGAUCUCUCAGAAAAUAUGUUGACAGGGACAAUUCCAUAUGAUUUUGGAAAGCUUAGAAAUUUGACGGAUCUGGCUUUGUUUCUCAAUCAGUUAUCUGGAAAAAUCCCAAAUAAUAUUGGUCAUCUUCCGAUGCUGAUACAUCUCAAGUUAUUUAACAACAAUUUUUUAGGGAGUUUGCCUCCAGAACUAGGGAGGUAUUCUAUGUUCGAAAGGGUUUGGGUUUCAACCAAUAGCCUUGCAGGCCAAUUGCCUGAACACUUAUGUUACAAUGGGAAGUUGGUGGACGUGGUAGCUUAUGAAAACCAGCUCGUUGGAGAAUUGCCCAAGUCGCUUGGAACUUGCAGCAGUUUGGAAUUAGUCAAGAUAUAUAGAAAUAAGUUUUCUGGAAAUAUUCCAAGUGGUCUUUGGACAUCAUCGAAUCUAAAAAUGUUGAUGCUAAGUGAUAAUUCUUUUACAGGCGAGCUUCCUGAGAGAUUGGCAUGGAAUCUUUCACGAUUAGAGAUGAAUAACAACAGGUUUUCGGGUAAAAUUCCACAGGGAGUGUCUAACUGGAGGAAUUUGUUGGUGCUCAUGGCUAGUAAUAACCACUUCAAUGGCACGAUUCCUCGAGGUCUUUCUCGUUUGACAAUUCUUUUGCUUGAUCGAAACCGACUUCCGGGCUCAAAUCAUCUGAUUGGAAGCAUCCCAAGUGAAUUCGAGAAUGAUGCAUAUUCCUACAGCUUCUUGAACAAUCCUGGUCUAUGUGCUAAUAGACCAUCUCAAUCCUUAACUGCAAGAACUGCAAUUCCCUCUGCCAAAAGUCGAGCAAAACUUUUGUUUGGAUCAUAUGUUUGGUGUUAG